AUGCCUAUUCACAGGCGUCUCACAGCCCGCAACGCUCUCAUCGCUCUCCUGGCCUGGCUUUUCAUCGCCCUCGUCCUCCACCUGAAAGCCGAGCUCUGGGACUCGUCCCCUGCUGCUGGUUCCGCGGACGCGCCUGCCGGGAAUGAUGAUGUGCUCAACGGGGAAGCACAGCAUGGGAGCAGUACCAAGAAGAUAGGGGUGGAAAAGGGAGGAGAGAAGCGGAGAACCGCGGUGGUGGUUGCGAGCCAGGCGAGCGAGAAUGCGACGUGGCUUGAUGAGUAUUUUCCACAGUGGGAGAAGAAUAUUUAUCGGGUGGAUAAUAAGAGUGCGCCUUUGACGGUGCCAAAGAACAAGGGCAGAGAGAGCAUGGUGUACUUGACCUUCAUCGUAGACAACUAUGAUAACCUCCCCGAUAACAUCCUCUUCAUCCACCCGAACCGCUACCAAUGGGUAAGGCUCCGGCACAACGACGACCCCGACUAUGAUGGGCUCCCUAUGUUGCGGCAUUUCCAGAUACCAUACCUCGAGCAGGAGGGUUACGUUAAUAUCCGCUGCGCCUGGAGCCUAGGAUGCCCGUCAGAGAUCAAACCGCUCGAGGAAGAAGGAGAGCAUAGGGCCGCUAUACACGCUGGUGGAGAUUACAAGAAAGCGUUUGAGAUCCUGUUUCCUGGAAAAGAGGUCCCGCGAUACGUUGGCGUUAGCUGCUGCGCCCAGUUUGCGGCUACGAAGGAGAAGAUUAGAGAGCGGAAGAAAGAGGAAUAUGCUAGAUAUAGGGAAUGGCUGCUAGAGACGGAUUUGGGGGACAGUAUUAGCGGGAGGAUCUUGGAAUACUCAUGGCACAUGAUAUUCGGUAAAGAGCCGGUACACUGUCCUCUCGCCGAAGAGUGUUACUGCAAAGUUUUCGGUCUCUGCAACCUCGAAUGCAAAUCAAAGGGGAGCUGCGAGGGACGCUACAUUCUACCGCCGUAUUCGACCCUGCCACAAGGCUGGCCCUAUAUCGGUUGGCAUGGAGAGGACCGAAAUCGGUCGGCUCUGGAGGACUGA